AUGGCGGCAGCUGUUGUAGCUAGGGCAGUGCGCGUGCGGAUACGGCAGCGCGCGGGCAGCAGGGCGUGCGGGGCGCGGGGCAGCAGGGUGCGCAGGGCGCGUGGGCAGCAGGGCGCGCUGGCAGCAGGGCGCGCUGGCAGCAGGGCGCGCAGGGCGCGUUGGCAGCAGGGCGCGCGCGGACAGCAGGGCGCGUUGGCAACAAAGCGCACGCGGGCAGCAGGCGACGCGGGCUGCAGGGCGCACGGGCAGCAGGGCGCACGGGCUGCAGGGCGCGCGGGCUGCAGGGCGCGCGGGCUGCAGGGCGCGUGGGCUGCAGGGCGCGCGGGCAGCAUGGCGCACGCGGGCUGCAGGGCGCGCGGGCAGCAGGGCGCGCGGGCAGCAGAGCGCGCUGGCAGCAGAGGCGCGCGCGGGCAGCAGGGUGCACGCGGGCAGCAGGCGACGCGGGCAGCAGAGGCGCGCGCGGGCAGCAGGCGACGCAGGCAGCAGGCGCGCGGGCUGCAGGGCGCGCGGGCUACUGGGUGCGUGGGCUGCAGGGUGCGCGCGGGGCGCAGGGCAGCAGAGGCGCGCGCGGGCAGCAGAGCGCACGCGGGCUGCAGGGCGCGCGGGCAGCAGGGCGCACGGGCUGCAGGGCGCGAGGGCAGCAGGGCGCACGCGGGGCGCAGGGCAGCAGAGCGCGCUGGCAGCAGAGUGCACGCGGGGCGCAGGGCAGAGGUACUGGAGCUGGAGGUGCUGGAGGUGCUGUAG